UACCACCUAUACAGUCUUCUGAACAUCCUUCACGUGUGAGUACCUAUGUCGUAGUUCUUCUCUUCGGUAGUGCGAGAAUGAUUGGCGAUUUCGAAUUUGCGGAAUAUUCCUUGUUUAUGUUCUCUUCGAAUUGUCACUUCUUGGACUUGAAUCAAUAUGUCGAGGAAAAUGCCACUUGUGAAUGAAUAAUAUGGGGCAGAACUCAUCUCAGAUGGGUGGAAGAUUCAAAGAUAGAAAACUGUCGCUAUUCUGGAUCAUUGGAAGAACAACAGCUACACAAAAUUCGAAUCCCGAGCAACCAAUUAAAUUUCAAUACAAAACCAGGCGAAAAAAAUCAAAUAAAGACAAAACGUUAGUCGCGAACAAUAAUACUCUAAAAAAGUAUAGUGCCAGUAAUAACCUCCAGACUUUAAAUAAUUUCAAUAAAAGUGACACGAAUCAAAGUGUUAAUAAUGUGUUGCAUAAAAGUAGUAAAUAUAGUAAGGAUAAAAAUUCGAAUGAAGUGAGAUGUCAAAUAAUAAAAACUCAAAAUGCACCUUUUCGUACAAAAUCCGAACCAAAUUUGAUACAAGAAAGAGAAAGGCAGAAGCAUAGGAGGAAGAAUUUGAGAAGUAGAAGUCACUUUAGUGAUGUUCAGCAAUUCGGCUAUGAAAUAGAAGACAUCGAUGGCUUCCUGACAAAGGCUACCAUAGAUAAACCAGCCAACAUUCCCGUCGUUCUUGCCUUUCCUAGUGUGCUGUAUCAGACGAGAGUGGGUGGUUACCAAGCAGAAAUUUUUCUACCUCUGGGAAUGGUUGUGAAUGCCAUCUUCAAGAAUGAACACUGGCUUUAUGUACAGACGCCCCAUGCAGAAGAGGGAUAUGUUAAUUAUGCUGCCUGUCUACCUCUAGGAAUAAUACCACCAGCUGAUGAUGACGAGAAUGGCCCAUGUUGGGAGAAGAGCACCGAUGUCUUUCCUAGGCCGUCUGGAAACAUAAGCGAUUCGGAAAAACUAAGUUGUAAAUCAUUCAAUGCUGAUGAUAAUCGUCAAAGGAGAAGAGCUAGAAACUCCGGAAAUAGUUACGGAGAGAAAAGCGUCGAUGGACUAUAUCUCAAAGCGACAGCAUCUUCAAGAUCAAUGGGCGUAAGACAUACCUUACUAGUAAUCACGAAGAACUAUGAUGGGAUGGAAAAGAAUGCCAUGAAAGUGAAAGAAGGUGAAGUUGUUUUCCUGCUAAAUUCUAGUGUUCAAGGAUGGUUUUGGGUUAGAAACAAAGAAGGAUGUGAAGGUUUCAUUCCUGCAGCAAUUGCUGGCCAUGGAUUUCUGUGAGAAAAAUAUGAAAAUUUCUGAUUGUAUAUAAAACAAUAAACGAAUAAUA